GAAAUCCAGGCCAGAAUUUAAUCCAACCUCGCAUAUUCUACCACCAACGGAACAGGUCGUUGACGGCAGACCGCUACUUAUAGUGUUUUACUCCAAAUUCUAUCGCGCGCGCCACCUUCUCGCGGCGAAGCUCUCGGACGACUUGAACGGGCCGGUUGUGGCACGGCCUAAACGACGCAAGGUGGCCCUCUCUUAAUUUCAGCUCCGUUGCCGGAGGCGCAUCGGUUAUACUCACCUCUUUGAGCGUCUCGCGACCCGUUUCCCGUGGCAUGGAUGACCACGGGCGACGAAGGAGGCCGAACGAACCGCCCAUCAAUGCCCCUUCUAAUAAUCCAAGAUACCCGGUUCACGAUCCUAAUGCGCAGGGUAGGUCGUACGGCGCGAGCGGGUCUGACAGGUAUCGGCCCGCGCCUCUAAAUACGUCGCCCACGGCAGCUCGAGGCAUAGGAGGUGCGGCUACUUACAGUGGAUAUUACCAAGAACCGGCAGCAGCGUUCUCCACUGCCAUGCAGCCGAAUACAAUGACAUACCAACCUGAGUAUGGGCAAGACACUCGACAAACGCAGAGUUUCAGUACAUAUAACACGCCAAUGAUGUACAACGUGCCGCAAGCGAGCGCGCAAAGUGCCGUGUAUGAUGCGAGUCAGCAGUUCCCGUCACGGCAGCCUGCAGCCUUACAAAUGAUACAAACGGAUGUAGCCACCCCCUAUUUCCCGAGCGAACCGACCAACGCGGCUGCAGCGUCUAAUCUGCAAUCGCACGCGAGCUCCUCAGGCACGUCGGCAGUAUAUCAACAGAGUCCAGCUAGCCAGCGUACAAUGCUCCAAAGCUAUCCCAGUGGAAUGACAUCGAUGGGCGGCAUGGCACAGACGAGCGCAUCCGACCAGACUAUGGAAGAACCUGACUAUUCGCAAACGACGGAAAUGACCGAAGCUUACGAUCAUUACCAAACCGCUCUGAGGGAGGUCUUCACCAACAUUCGAGGCGGGGUGCUGCAAGCUGCAAGUGAGUCGCUUUUGAACAUCUCCGAGUGGUUACUCUCGAAAGUUGUGGAACUAGGCCUCGCAGCGGACGAUGAAAAUCUCUACAGGGACCGUAUCAAGAUGUGGCAAGACUUCAAUCACGCAUGGCUCUCAUUGUUCCAGAAACAGAAAGACUUGAUGGGAGCUGGCCUACAGUUACAACGAGGACAGACGGUGAUUAGCGAGGAUGGGUUAAGGAAGAUGGGAAAGGAGAUCGUAAGGCUUUGCGAUGGGAUUGAUCGACACGGUCUCGUUGAUUACGAGUAUGGCGUCUGGGAGGAGAACAUCAUUGCCAUCAUCGAAGAAUGUCUCGACCUCUACGAAAAUGAAGAAGAGGCCGAGCCUGGCAGUUCUUCUGUCGCGAAUCCCGCGGGGACAAGCCAUCACGGUCAUCAUACCUCUCGAUAGGGGCCGCGAGCCGUCGACCGGAGCAGGAUGUGGUAGGGCAGUGCCGAGGACAUCGAUCG